CAGCAUUUUUAAAGAUGGCGGAGCAAGGGCCAAUGGCGAUAGCUAUGCGGCUAAGAAAUCAACUCCAGUCCGUAUAUAAGCUCGACCCUUUACGAAAUGAGGAGGAAGUCAAGUUGAAGAUCAAAGACCUGAACGAGCACAUAGUGUGCUAUCUCUGUGCUGGGUACUUCAUCGAUGCCACAACUAUUACAGAGUGUCUGCAUACAUUCUGUAAAAGUUGUAUUGUGAAAUACCUCCAAACCAGCAAGUAUUGUCCAAUGUGCAACAUAAAGAUCCACGAAACACAGCCUUUAUUGAACCUGAAAUUGGAUAGAGUGAUGCAAGACAUUGUCUACAAACUGGUUCCAGGACUUCAAGAAAGUGAGGACAAGCGAAUUAAAGAAUUCUAUCAGUCGCGUGGGCUUGAGAGAGUUGUCCAGCCCUCUGGAGAAGACUCCAUACCAGAUGCUACAGGAUUACCUUUCACCACCUUUGACCAUUCCAAGGCCCACUUUUACAGAUACGACGAGCAGGUCUCGCUUUGUCUAGAGAGGCAAAGUUUAUCUCUGUCUGGAAAAAAAGAUAAGACCAAACUGACUCUUCAGCAGAAGUUUGUGCGCUGCUCGGUCCGAGCCGAGGUGAGACACCUGCGUAAAGUGCUGUGUCAUCGACUGAAUGUGGAGAAGCACCAGGUCCAGAUGUUUUUCAAUAAUGAGUUCCUUCCAGAUCACAUGACCAUGAAACGGCUGUGGCUCUCUCACUGGUUUGGCAAGGCUCAGCCGUUGGUCCUUCACUACACGAUCAAGGACAAAAGGACAAGAUAGGAUUUUUUCCCCCCCUUUCUAAUGACCUCAGCAGCUGUAUAUAUUUUGUUUAAUAUAUAGUAUAUUUUAAUAGUGUUUGUGUACAUAUGUGUAUUUUCCCUUUGUAUUUUCUUACAAAUAAAUAGUGGAAAAUA